UAAGCCGUUUCUGCUCGUUAGCUUGAUUUCUAUCCACCGGGUUUUGUUUGGUGUUUCUCCAGAUUUUAUCUUUGGACUGUUUUGGUUGGUUUUAUUUUAUUUGUUUUUUCUCCACCAUGAGCUGCGAUUACUACGAGACGCUAGAAAUAAACAGACACGCAACAGACGCGGAGAUUAAAAAGGCAUACCGACGCCUCGCGCUGAAGUUUCACCCGAGCAGAAAUGUAGAAGCUGGAAGCAGCGAGAGAUUCCUUCAGCUGGGGGAAGCCUAUGAUGUCCUGAGUGACCCUAGAAAAAAAGCAACCUAUGAUAAAUUUGGUGAGGUUGGACUCAGAGAUGGCAUCCCUUUAGAGUUGGCCAGUGGAGGAGCUUGGUCCUCCAGAUAUAUUUACCACGGCAACCCUGAGAAAACCUUCAGACAGUUCUUUGGAGACAACAACCCCUUUGCAGACUUUUACACUACAGAGUCCCACCUUGAGUUUGACUUCCUGCACACAGGAGUUGAGAAGACUCAAGAUUCUCCUAUAGAGAGAGAUCUUAACCUGUCGCUGGAUGAUCUCUUCCACGGAUGCAUAAAGAAGAUCAAGAUAUCUCGCAGGGUUAUGAACGAAGAUGGACAAACCUCCAGCAUCAAGGACAAGAUUCUGACUAUAGACGUAAAGCCUGGAUGGAGGGAAGGAACCAAGAUCAUUUUCCCUAGAGAAGGCGAUCAGGGACCAAACAGCAUUCCUGCAGAUAUUGUGUUCAUAGUGAGGGAGAAGAUUCAUCAUCUGUUCAAAAGACAGCACAACGACCUCAUCUAUAAGGCCAGGAUCUCUCUGGAGAUGCAGGCGUUGACCGGCUGUUCUGUGGAUGUGCAGACACUAGAUGGCAGGCUGCUCACCAUUCCUGUCAACGACAUCGUGCACCCUUCGUACAAAAAAGUGCUGAGUGGAGAGGGAAUGCCGCUGCCCAAGGAUCCUUCCCAGAGAGGAGACCUCAUCAUUGCCUUUGAUAUCUCAUUUCCAGAGAAGCUCUGCCCUGAAAACAAGCGUCUGAUCAAAAAAGCUCUAUGCAGCAGGAGCUGAAAGCAGUUUGAUUUAAUGUCACAAAAAGUGGAGUAAAAAAAGUUUUAUUAGGUUUGAGCUGAGAGAAAAAGGCAGCUGUGUUACAACAGCAGGAACACUUCAGUUAUUAUAAUAAAGUU